AGAUCAGCUGGCAGGUGGUUUGAGCUAAGACAUUGAUUCAUAAAUGCCAAAGAGGCCUUUAGUUGGUUGGCCUCUGAUGCAAGAACUGGCAGACCAAAGCAAUCCAGGAAUUCAAUUUACAACUUUGCAAAUAUCAGCAGGCAAAGAGUGGGACGGCUUUUUUUCUCUACAUUCCUCACAACAUUCUUUACUGUUUAGCAGGGCAGCAAAAAGAGAGUGACUGCUGGGAAUGUUUAAAUACUUCCAGAAACAUUUCACACAGCAUUGGGUCGAAUGCAAGAGACGAAGGUCACGCCUGGUGUCCAAAGAUGGAAGGUGUAACAUAGAAUUUGGGAAUGUUGAAGAACAGUCAAGAUUUGUUUGCUUGAUCGACAUCUGGACCACCAUCCUGGAUCUCAGGUGGAGGUACAAAAUGACCAUCUUUAUUUCAGCUUUCUUGGGCAGCUGGUUCCUUUUUGGUCUUCUUUGGUAUGUAGUAGCCUAUAUCCAUAAAGAUCUGCCAGAGUUCAGCCCUUCUAUAAAUCACACGCCAUGUGUAGAUAAUAUCAAUGGCUUGACUUCAGCUUUCCUCUUCUCCCUGGAGACCCAGGUCACGAUUGGCUACGGGUUCAGGUGUGUUACGGAACAGUGUGCCACAGCCAUUUUUCUUCUCAUCUUCCAAUCUAUCCUAGGAGUUAUCAUAAACUCCUUCAUGUGUGGGGCCAUUUUGGCCAAAAUCUCCAGACCCAAAAAGAGAGCAAAAACUAUCACCUUUAGCAAAAAUGCUGUGAUUAGUAAACGAGGUGGAAAACUGUGUCUUCUCAUCCGGGUGGCCAACCUCAGGAAAAGCCUGCUGAUCGGAAGUCAUAUCUAUGGCAAACUCUUGAAGACCACCAUCACCCCUGAAGGAGAGACGAUCAUCUUGGAUCAAGUCAACAUCAAUUUCAUGGUGGAUGCUGGCAAUGAAAACCUCUUCUUCAUCUCCCCCUUGACAAUUUACCAUGUCAUCGACAAGCACAGCCCCUUCUUUCACAUGUCAGCGGACACCCUCCUUCAACAUGACUUUGAGCUGGUGGUGUUUCUGGACGGGACCGUAGAAUCCACCAGUGCAACUUGCCAAGUCCGGACAUCUUACAUUGCUGAAGAGGUCCUGUGGGGCUAUCGUUUUGCCCCCAUUGUUUCUAAAACCAAAGAAGGGAAAUACAGGGUGGACUUUCACAACUUCAGCAAAACUGUAGAAGUGGAAACGCCACAUUGUGCCUUUUGCCUCUACAAUGAGAAGGAUGCUAAAGCCAAGGCAAAGAUGGGAUAUGACAAUCCUGCCUUUUUGUCCCACGAAGUUAGUGAAUCCAGUGAGACAAAAAUGUGACUUUGUUGUCCUCUGGGACUCGUGUGUGCUUACUUUUUGAUGUGCCUGGGAAGUGCCAAGAAUACCUAAUUAUUUUCUGUUGGGGAAAAAAAAAUGAACUGGUUUGUUUGUUGAUCAUAGCAAUCGUAAUCCAAUCAGAAAAGACUACGAAGUAGCAGUUCCCCAAAUAUCAUAUAAUGUGUCGAUAGGACUUACACUGUAAUAUUUAUUACCGAGAAAAAGAUUCUAUGUCUUGAGUAAUGGGGAGAAAGUGGAAAAUUUGUUGUUGGCUGCUGGA